AUGACUAAACCAGUGAACUCAACUUAUGGAGUUAGUCUUUGGAGGUCUAUAAGGGUACUAUGGCCAGCUCUAAAGAGUCAAGUUUCAAUCAGAGUGCUAAAUGGUAACAGGACAUCCUUCUGGAAUGAUAAUUGGCUGGGGAAUGGAGCUUUGAAGGAUCUAUUCUCUGACAUAUAUGCUCUAGCUCAUCACCAACAGAGAUCUAUAGCUAAAAUGUGGUCACCUCAAGGUUGGGAAUUGAUACUCAGAAGAGACCUGAAUGAUUGGGAGAUAAGUAGAAUGGCUGAGUUCUACAAACAACUGGAUGACUUCACAGGAACUCAAAACGGGGAUGACACAUUGAGAUGGCAGGGACAUAGUAGUGGAAAAUUCAGUGUUAAUGCAGCCUAUAAAAUGAUAAACCAACCAACACCCCAAGUCACCAACUGGCCCUGGAAGCAUAUUUGGAAGACCAAGAUACCAUGCAAGGUUGCAUGCUUCUCAUGGUUACUGGCAAAGGAAGCUGUGCUCACACAUGAAAAUUUAAAGAAGAGGAACUGGACUAUGUGCUCAAGAUGUUUUCUCUGUGAAAAAGAAGUAGAGACAGUUGGUCACUUAUUUUUGCACUGCAGGAUAACUGAUCAGCUAUGGAAGAUCUUCAUUAAUCUCAGAGGCAUAGCCUGGACAAUGCCUAGAAAGAUUACUGAAGCUCUCUUUAGUUGGGAGGCAGCUGGAGCUGGAGCAGAUGACAUAAGCAGAUGGAAGAUGGUCCCUGCUUGCAUUUGGUGGGCAAUUUGGAAAGAAAGGAACUCUAGAUGCUUUGAGAACAGCAGCAACACAAUGCAGGAGAUCAAACUUAACUGUAUUAAGCUUUUUCUUUUUGGUGUAACCAGAUCUACCCAGAGGAUACUAUAUCUAUCCUAG